AUGUCUAAGUUCUAUGAACUACCGGGUUCGCACCUUCCGUCACAAUCAGAGCGCUCACCGUUGCUUAAGAGAAGGUCGAGUUUAACGUAUUUCAAAUAUCAAGACACACCGUUACAACAAGAACAAUCUUCAAAAUAUGAUCUAGAGAAUCCCCAUAGAAAUAAAUUGGGAACAUUCGAUGGAGUAUUUAUACCCACUACGUUAAAUGUGCUCUCAAUUUUAAUGUUCUUGAGAUUUGGUUUCAUAAUAGGACAGAUGGGUAUUUUGGGAACAUUUCUAUUGUUAAUCUUAUCUUUUAUCAUUGAUGUAUCAACCACAUUGAGCAUUUCAGCUAUAUCGACCAACGGUACAGUGAGAGGUGGUGGUGCAUAUUACAUGAUUUCACGAUGCCUAGGUCCUGAAUUUGGAGGUUCUAUUGGUCUUAUCUUUUUCAUUGGCCAAAUUUUGAAUAGUGGUAUGAACAUAGUUGGUAUCGUGGAACCGUUGUUAUACAAUUUUGGUAUCUCGGAAGGUGUGCUAACUCAAGUACUUCCAGAAGGGCAUUGGUACCAAUUUGGAUACUCUACGGUUUUGCUUCUGUUAUGUCUGGCGGUGGCUAUGAUUGGUUCACAGACUGUCUCGCGUGCUGGUAACGUUCUAUUCUGGUUGCUAUUGGCUUCUACAAUCUCGAUUCCUAUCUCUGUUUUAUUUGUGAAGCCUUUCGAACUUAAUGGAAUCGUGUACACAGGACCGUCUUUACAGAUACUCAAACAAAAUCUAUAUCCGAAGUUUACAAAGGGUGCAGCAGGCUCGGUGUUGAAGGGUUACGAAACGUUCAAUGAUCUAUUCGGGAUUUUUUUUCCAGCUACGGCAGGAAUAUUUGCUGGCGCCGGUAUGUCCAGUGAAUUGCGUAAGCCUUCCAAAUCCAUACCUAAGGGAACCCUUUGGGGCCUUCUGUUAACCUUCGUGUGUUAUUCGCUUGUCAUUAUAUCCUUAGGCUGUUCAGUCCCAAAAAAAUCCUUGCAUAAAGACGUGCAAAUUAUACAGACCGUGUCCGGUUUCCAAAGCAUCAUUCUGGUCGGUGAACUUUCCACUUCUCUAUUCUCCGUCAUAGUGGGUAUGGUAGGUGCUGCUUAUGUGUUGGAAGCAAUCUCAAAGGAUAACAUUUUGCCUGGUAUCUCAAUAUUUGGCAGAAAUCCAGUACUUUGCUUACUUUUCUCAUGGUUUCUAACUCAGAUGUGCUUGUUUUCGGAUGUGAACAAAAUUGCUACAUUCAUCACAAUGACUUUCUUAAUGACGUUCAUUAUCAUGAAUAUGGCAUGUUUCUUGUUGGAAAUUUCAUCAGCUCCGAACUUCAGACCAUCUUUCAAAUGGUUCAAUAGAUACACAGCAUUCCUGGGCGCUAUGUUCUGUAUCAUAGCCAUGUACGUUGUGGACAAUGUUUCAGCCUCUGCUGUUAUAUCUUCUCUAUGUCUAUUAUUUGUCAUUAUCCACUAUUUUUGUCCACCAAAACCCUGGGGUGAUGUUUCUCAAUCAUUAAUCUACCAUCAAGUGAGAAAAUAUCUAUUGAGAUUAAGACAAGACAACGUAAAAUAUUGGAGACCUCAAGUUUUGCUUAUGGUUGACAAUCCAAGGACAAGUUGGAACCUGAUCAAGUUCUGUAAUCAUUUGAAAAAAGGUGGCUUGUAUAUCCUAGGCCAUGUUACAGUAGCGUCAAAUUUCCAAUCUGAGUAUCAGGAACUCAAUAAGCAAAUGAGAGCCUGGGUAAAUAUCAGGGAUAUGGCCGGUAUUAAAGCCUUUGUUCAAAUUGGGAUGGGACCUACUCUACCUUGGGGCAUCAGAAACGUUUUCAUGGGUUCCGGUUUGGGAGGCAUGAAGCCCAAUAUCACUGUGCUUGGAUUUUUUGAUUUAAACAAUUAUUUACAGAAGAAAAGACCGCAUGGUGUCGGCGCUUCUAGCCCUUUAAGGGAAGAUAUGAACUUCAGAGUGACAAAGUACAAAGACUCUAUUUCGAUAGAAAUGCCAAGUCAUCCUGAAUUUGAGUCCCUACCUACAGAUGAGUGUAAAAAUGAGGAGAAAGUCAAACUUCAACAAUGGGUUCAGGUUAUUGAAGAUCUCUCAUUAAUGCGUAGUAACAUUGCGGUUGCUUAUGGAUUCAAAAACUUGCAGCUUCCUCAAAAGAACGAAACAAGGGAUACUAAAGGAUACAUAGACCUCUAUCCAAUCCAAAUGUCCGCAACAAUUGUUAAUGAGAAUUCUUCAGGAGAAGUUACAACUACUAACUUCGACACGUAUACCCUUAUAUUACAAUUGGGGGCAAUAUUAACUACCGUUCCCGAUUGGCAUAGAACUCACCAGCUCCGUGUAAUAGUAUUCGUUGAAAAUGAAAGAGAACGUUACGAUGAGAAAAAGAGAAUCGAUGCUUUACUUUCGGUGCUUAGAAUCGAAGCUGAAGUUCUGGUCUUAUCAUUGGACCAGUUCAGAGUGUACAAUACCAUUGUCAAGGCAGAUAUAAUUGCCAAGAAAUGUGUUGAUGAAGCCCUCAAGAAUGACGACUGGUGGAGAGAAUUAGUCGAUGCGAGAACAAGACAACAUUCUAAUAGGAAAUUCACUACUACAGAGCCAACAAGUAUCAAGAUCAAUGGCAACCAUUUGAAAAAGAAAUAUGAUGUUUCAAAUUUGCAGAGACUAGGAGUAUCAUUGACAAUGGCUUCCAGCAUGCCUGCUACGGAUAUGGCUGGUAAUGAAUCGGAAUACGAGUCCGAUUACGCCGUGGGAGCCUAUGAAUCAAACUCUACUCUAUUGAGCAAUGGCGAUCAAAAUCAGAGCAUUCAUCCUGUUCGCUCAAUGAAAGCUCUUGAUAACGCAUCAAUAAGAUCAAACAGACCUGUAUUUUCGAGCAAAGCAAUGCCAAAAACAAAAGUGAUUGAAGAGGCCACUGGUCAGCAACCUACAUUAGUUCCUGUCAUUGAUCAUACUACUGAUAUCAAGCAGAAUCCUGUGUUGCAUCCGAUAUCACCAUGUCAAUCUAGUGCAGAUCUCACCGGCAGCUCGGAUGAACUCACGUUCAAUAUGUUACCAAGUAGGGUACAGCAUCUAAUUUUGCAUGAUAUGAUGACACAAGUUUCCUCUAAGUCAAACUUGUUGCUUUCGACCCUACCUUUGCCUCCUUUGGGAACACAUAAAAAUGAACUGGCAAGUCUAGAGUAUGUGCAAAAUAUUGAUAUUUGGUUGGAUGGAUUACCACCAACUAUACUAAUAAACUCACAAUCUAUGACUGUCACAACAGCAUUAUAG